AUGGCUGAACUACGAGAUCUGAAGAAGCAGGAGCGGAACCUUCGAAAGACAUUCGAUGCUAUUCAACACUUUCUGGAUACCUUCGACGCAGAAAGACACGCCAGUCAACUUGAUAUUCGUCUUCAGAGACUAGAUAUGGCGUUUAGUGAGUUCCACGUGGUCCGUAGGAAAAUCGAGCUGCUAACGGAUAAUGUUUCAUACUUGUCUGAAGCAGAUACGAAGGAGUCGGAUGAAGAGCGUGCAGAGCGACUAGAAACGUUGGCAGAAGCUAGAGAAGAUGAGAAUGUGCGUAUAAUGUUGGAUAUUGAGGAUCAGUAUUGUCAUUUGAAGAGUGAACUCGUACAUUGGAAGGCGGAUAUGUUCGGUAGUGCAACAGCUGGUCACUGUUCGACCUCGCAAGAUACGGCUGUUGGGUUUUCCAGAGUGAAGCUUCCAGAUAUUCGUUUGCCGACAUUCAGUGGCAAAAUUAAAGAAUGGGUCACUUUUCGCGACACGUUCAGGAGUCUGAUUCACGAAAAUCAUCAACUAACGACCAUGGAUAGAUUCACUUAUCUGAAGUCGUCACUCGCUGGAGAAGCCCUGCAGGAGAUAAGCGCGGUGGAAAUGUCAUCCGUUAAUUAUGAUGUGGCCUGGUGUAUGCUGGAAAAACGGUAUGAAAACACGAAGCUUAUCGUCAAAGCGCAUUUGGACUCUUUGUUUUCGGUGGAGGCUAUGAAAAGGGAAAACUACGAAACGCUGAACAAACUCAUCGGAGAUUUUGAAAAGAAUCUUUUAAUGUUGGACAAGAUGGGAGAAAACACAAGCAAUUGGAGCACCAUUCUAGUUCAUAUGAUCUGUUCACGCCUAGAUGCUUCUACACUACGCCACUGGGAAACGUAUCACAAUUCCAAGGAUGUGCCCAGUUAUGAAAAAUUGAUACAAUUUCUGCGAAAUCACUGUUCCGUUCUUCAAUCCAUUACUCCAGUACAAACAUCUUCGGUUAUAGAAGAGAGAACAAGAGUAGGCGUUAGUCAUUCCGUUGUUCAAUCCUAUGGCAAGUGUCAAUUCUGCGGUGAAGCCUUCCAUUCCGCCUUUCGCUGCACCAAGUUCUUAAGGAUGGAAGUCGCGGAGCGCAACGAAGCAGUUCGGAGAUUAAAACUGUGCCUAAACUGUCUAUCAUUAGGACAUCAAGCUCGUGUCUGCAAUAGAGGUUCGUGCCACCAUUGCCAAAGAAAACAUCAUUCGUUGCUGCACCCAGAAUCGUUACAGUCGUCUGUCCUGCAAUCACAAUCCUCCGUUCCACAAGCGCUGAACACACACGUAGUAGCCAAUCAGCAGCAACCACAGACACAACCUCCAACCCAAAGCCAACCAACCCACAGCAAUACAGCUCAAACAUCCACAAACUCUCUCCCUGUUACACAAUCGCAAAACAUGCACACUCAACCACUGCCCACCACAAGUAAAUCAUGCACAAUAAACAACACCGUGGCCCUGCCUUCCAGCACCCGUACACACACACAAGAGGUUUUGUUAUCCACUGCUGUCGUACAUGUCCAAGAUCAGUUCGGCAGUACACGACUAGCUCGAGUAUUACUAGACUCUUGUUCCCAAUUCUGUUUCAUGACAUCGAACUUCUGUCAGAAAUUGAAGUUUCGUUCCACCUCAGAAAAUCUUGCUGUACAAGGGAUUGGUGGUGCCACCGCCAUUUCGCGGAAAUUGGUCCACGCUACCAUCCAUCCGCGAUUAUCGAAAAUAUCAUCGUUCAUUGGAGCCAUGAACUUUUACGUUCUUUCGGAGCUUACGACAACCCUGCCGACUCAAAAAAUCAACGUAUCUCAGUGGACUCUCCCAGCGGAUCUAAUUCUUGCAGACCCCCAGUUUUUUGAACCAGGACAGAUCGACAUGAUCAUCGGAGCCGAGCAUUUCUUCGAGUUGCUUUCGGAAGGUCGGUCGAACAUUUCAAUCGAUGGACCCAUCCUUCAAAAUACAGUGUUCGGUUGGAUUAUUGCGGGACGAGUUUCACAUCAUUCGAGAAAUUUGCAACCAGUAGUGUCAUUAUCGUGUACAACGAUUGAUAUUCAUAAGUUGCUGACAAGAUUCUGGGAACUAGAGACGUGUCGAACAAACAGCACACAGUCAGUUGAGGAGACAGCGUGUGAGAGACUGUUCGAUCAGACUACUGCUCGCGACGACAGCGGAAAAUUCGUCGUGUCCUUGCCGAAGCGACAAUUCAUCGUUCAGCAGAUUGGUGAUUCGAAAACGAUUGCCAUGCGUCGAUUCGCUGGAUUAGAGAAGCGGUUCCAGUCGAAUCCUGAUUUGAUGUUAAGUUACGCUGAAUUUAUCCGCGAGUAUCAACGACUAGGUCACAUGAAGGAGGUUACGAGCGAAACCGACAAAUAUCCCGUGUUCUAUCUCCCCCAUCAUGCAGUAUUGAAGCCUGACAGCACAACGACUAAACUCCGAGUAGUGUUUGAUGGCUCUUGCAAGUCUUCAUCUGGAGUUUCGUUAAACGAUGCUUUAAUGGUCGGUCCUGUAGUUCAGGAAGAUCUGCUUUCAAUUAUUAUUCGCUUUCGGCUUCAUCCAAUCGCUGUCGUUGCCGAUGUCGAAAAAAUGUACCGAAUGGUGAUGGUACAACCGGCUGAUCAACAUCUUCAACGUAUUCUAUGGAGGGAUUCAGUUAGCGAACCAGUCCGUAUGUUUCAGUUGACGACCGUCACAUAUGGUACAGCAUCCGCUCCUUAUUUGGCAACCAAGUGCUUGCAGCGGUUGGCUGAAGAUGGAGUGGAAUCGUUUCCACGUGCGGCUCGUGCGCUGAAAGAAGAUUUCUAUAUCGACGAUAUGCUAUCGGGAGCAGACAACAUCGAAGACGGCAAGGAAUUGACAAGGGAGAUGAUUGAGCUAACGAAUUCCGGUGGUUUCACAUUGAGGAAGUGGAAUUCUAACUGUCCUGCGGUUUUGGCUGAUUUACCGCACUCUUUAUUGGAUGAUCGUGCGACUCUUGACUUGAAUUCGUCGAGUUCUCCAGUUAAAACGCUAGGUUUAUUAUGGCAACCUACUUCCGACAAAUUCCUUUUCCAUUCACCAGUUUGGAGUAAUGCCGCCGUGAUCACUAAACGAACGGUUCUUGCUGAUGCAGCUCGUUUGUUUGACCCACUUGGUUUAGUUGGACCAGUGGUUGUCAUAGCAAAAAUCUUUCUCCAAGAACUGUGGAAACAUCAAUGCGAUUGGGAUGACUCACUACCGGAAGAAAUGCAGUCCUUCUGGCAGGAAUAUAGGAGGAACCUCAUUGCCUUGUCAUCGCUGUCGGUUCCUCGGUGGGUGGCGUUUCGGGCAAAUUUGUUGUCGGUCGAGGUACAUGGCUUCUGCGACGCAUCCGAGAAGGCCUACGGUGCCUGUUUAUACGUGCGCUGUACGGCUCAAGAUGGCAAAGUGGAGGUUAGGUUGUUAGCAGCGAAGUCCAGAGUCGCACCACUAGAAGAUUUGAAACGAAAGAAGAAGAAACAGACUAUUCCUCGUCUCGAGUUAUCCUCCGCUCUGCUGCUUAGUCAUCUGUAUGAUAAAGUUCGUGACAGCAUCAAAAUUCAACAUACUGCGUACUUCUGGACCGAUUCAACGAUUGUGAUGUACUGGUUAGCGUCACUACCAUCCAGGUGGCAGAUGUUUGUGGCGAAUCGUGUGUCGGAGAUCCAGCACCUUACUAAGGGUAGUUCAUGGAAUCAUGUGGCAGGAGUUGAAAACCCUGCCGACAUUAUUUCGCGCGGAAUGACCCCGGCACAGCUGCAGUAUCAGAGAGUUUGGUUUGAUGGACCGUUGUGGAUGCUCCAAGAUCGCAGCACUUGGAAGGUAGAGACGCCAAAUGAAGAGAUUGACCAUUCAUUGUUGGAGGAGAAGUCGGUUGCACUGCCGGCGACGACAAAUCAACCUAGUGAUAUCUUUGCAUUACGAUCAUCGCUUUCCGACCUCAUUCGUAUAGUGGCACUCAUUCGUCGUUUCAUCCACAACAUCCAACAACAACGCGCAAACGGAAGCAGAAAAAUUGGAAGCCUUAGUCAUGGUGAACACGAACAGUCUAUGUUGGCUCUAGUUCGUCUCUCGCAGAAGGAAUCGUUUUCUGCCGAAAUUACCGCACUACAGAAAGGAAAACCAGUAUCAUCAUCUUCAGAAAUAAUCCAGAUCCAUCCCACUCUGGUUGAAGGUUUCUUGCGAGUUGGUGGCCGUCUGCGCCAUGCACCAGUAUCGACAUCCCGAAAACAUCCAUUCGUCCUCAGUCACCACCACCCACUCAGUAAACUCAUUCUGGUACAUUAUCAUCUGAAACAUUUUCACGCAGGCUCACAGCUCUUGAUUGCUAGUGUCCGCGAAAGAUAUUGGCUUACCCGCAUCAGACGUUUAACUAACACAGUUAUUCACGAAUGCGUGUCGUGUUUCCGCAGCAGACCGCGGGUAUUAGACCAGCUGAUGGCUGAUUUACCUUCUGAGCGAGUUACUCCUGCACCACCAUUUCUAAAAGUAGGUGUCGAUUAUUGCGGACCGUUUCAGGUAGUUUACCCCAUCCGACGAACUGCUCCAAGAAAAUAUUUUGUCUCGAUUUUCGUAUGUCUGGUAACAAAGGCUGUUCACCUAGAGCUUGUCGGAGACCUGACAAGUGCAGCCUUCCUCGCUGCUUUCAAGCGGUUCGUAGCUCGAAGAGGGAUACCUGCGUUGGUGAUGUGUGAUAAUGCUCUCAACUUCGUCGGCGCCAAACGUGAACUUGACGAGUUGUCUCAACUCUUUAACAACGAGCAAUUUCAGCAAACAAUAACACGAGGAGCCCAGCACGACGGAAUAGAGUUCCGAUUCAUCCCUCCAAGAUCGCCAAACUUUGGCGGUCUUUGGGAAGCGGCAGUGAAAUCCUUCAAGGGGCAUUUCAAGCGCACAAUCGGUAAUCGAAUUCUUCAGCACGACGAGAUGCAGACCGUAGUGGCACAGAUCGAGGCAAUCCUUAACUCUCGGCCACUAACUCCAAUCAGUAACGACACAUCAGAUUUCGAAGCUCUGACUCCCGGUCACUUCUUGAUCCAACGACCGUUAACGGCAGUUCCCGAACCGAGCCUGGAGGAUAUCCCGGACUACAGAUUAACUAUUUGGCAGAGGUCGCAAGAUGUCGUUCAACGGAUUUGGAAAAAAUGGUCCACGCAAUACCUGUCCGAUCUUCACAAUCGAACGAAAUGGACUCGCCAACGGAACAACAUUUUUGUAGGCACAAUGGUUCUAAUAAAGGAUGACAAUCUACCACCGCUCAAAUGGCGAUUGGGUCGGGUUACAAACGUCAUCGCCGGCCCCGAUGGCAACGUACGCGUGGUGGCAAUUCGUACAAAGGACGGCGUAUAUGAGAGAGGAAUCUCUAAGGUGUGCAUUCUUCCGAUUCGCGAUAACAGAGCGUUAUCUACCCCAGAGGAGACUUAA